AUGGAAAAACCAGAAAUCGGUGACGUUGGUGAUAAAUGUGUUCCAAAUGAUAAUGACUCAGAUGGGAUGUGUGUUCUGAUUACAGACUGUGAAACAGCAAUAAAUGAAAUCAGAGCUAAAAACUAUCAUAAGUUUAAAAGAUGUGGAUUUAAAGGUGUGACAGAAAUUGUGUGCUGUCCACAAAAGCCCAUUGAUAAAUAUGGUGAAUCCGACAGAAAGAAUAGUAUUGCAGACAGAGAAUGCAAGAAAAUAGUUGCCGCAAGCAUACCGCCCCUGGACUUGCACAUUAUUGGCGGCGAAGCGGCAUCGUUGGGAGAGUUUCCGCAUAUGGUUGCUCUCGGCUAUGAAGACGCCGAAGGAUAUAAUUUCCAGUGCGGUGGCACCCUGGUGUCCGAUACGUACGUCCUGACGGCCGCUCACUGCGUCGACACCCUCGACCGGAUCAAGCCGACGAUCGUGCGGAUGGGUAUCGUGGAGCUGGGCAACAGCACGCGAAACGACGAGACUGACGUGGACAUCGCCGAGAUCCUAACGCACCCGAACUACACCAGGCGGCGCAAGUACCACGACCUGGCGCUCAUGAG